ACUUGUAAACUUCGGCGGCGGAGGAGGGAUCUUGGGAAAUGAGAAAUUAGCCUUGUAUUAUUUUCAGUACAAAUAUGUCACCAAUUUGCCCCUGUGUAGAACCAAAGAGAAGGGCACCUAAGCUGUCUACUUUGCGACGCUCCCUCAAUGGGCAACUCGAGGGAAGCGAGGAGACUACGGGACUACAUUUCCCAGAAUGCAUAGAAACUGACCCGGAAGUUUAAAGUCCGCUUUCUCAAGGAGAUUUGCAAUGCGUGAAAUAAACGUAAACCACCCGAAUGUAUUUUUCUGUCUAUAGCACGUGUCUUCUUACCUUAGUGCGAGUCAUUUUCCGGAAACAGCGGCUUCUUGAGGCCCCAGAACCUGUUCCCGGGCUUCGGGAGGCGGAAGAGUGGUGCUUCGAGUCAGAAGGCGGAGUAGUAACAUGAUGAUUCCUUCUCUUCUGGAAGUGGAUGGGACCAAAAUAUAGGCACCAAAGUGGUGACAGAAGAAAUCUCAGGAGAAAGCAUUUUGCCUUGUGCUUAGGACAACUGCUGGGCCCACCAUGGCUCCAGUGAGGAUUAGCCACGUGGUGUCAUUCUCCUCUCAGGAUCCCAAAUAUCCAGUGGAGAAUUUGCUGAACCCAGACAGUCAGAGGGGACCUUGGCUCAGCUGUCCUCAGGACAAGAGUGGGCAACUGAAAGUGGAGCUGCAGCUGGAGAGGGCAGUGCCCAUUGGCUACAUUGAUGUGGGUAACUGUGGUUGUGCUUUCCUGCAAAUUGACGUGGGUCGUUCCUCCUGGUCCCUGGACAGACCUUUCGUCACCCUGCUCCCUGCAACCAUGCUGAUGUCCCUGGCUGAUUCAAAGCAGGGAAAAAACCGCUCAGGGGUGCGCAUGUUUAAAGAUGCUGACUUCCUGGCCCCAGCCUCAAGUGAGUCAUGGGAUCGACUUCGCCUGAGCUGCUCCCAACCCUUCACACGUCAUCAGCCCUUUGGCCUGGCCUUCCUGCGGGUGUGUUCCUCUCUGGACUCCUUAGAUGACCCUGUGGAGGGUCCCUCGGUCCCUGUGAGCUCAGGGCUGAGCCAGGGCUCUUCUGAUGCUCAGGAGUCUGGUCCCAGCCCCUGGCUGGCUAAUCCUUCCAUCCGGAGGACAUUCUUCCCGGAUCCCCAAACGACCACCAAGGAAAUCUCAGAGCUCAAGAAUUUCCUAAAGCAACUGCAGCCGGGGACUCUGGGGCGUUCAGCCUGCAUGGUACUUUCAGCUGCCCACAGGGCACCUCCAGCCCGUGUGGCAAACCCUAAAACCAACCAUUCAGAACCAGGUCCCACUCAUCAGGACAGCACAGAGCCCAGAUCAGAGGAGCAGAACACAGAGAAGGACGUGGGCAGGACGAAGAGGAGGAAAGUGGGAGGCCGCAGGCCUGUAUCCAACUCAAACACUCGGCCAAACCAGCGGGGGCUAGCAAAGGCAGGCCAGAAAGAACACCUGCGGCGAAGCAGCAGAGUCCAGGAGCAUGGGUGGUGCCCCAUUUGUGCAGGCUCCUUCAGCAUUGACCUGCUUCCCCAGCACGCUGCCACUUGUGGAGGGGCCUCCCCGCCUCCCCCAGCCUCUCCCGCCUCGUCACCAUCUUCGUCUCCGCACGUACUAAGGUUUCGUUGUGUGGCACUAACACCAGUUCCCCUGGUCUCCAGGCCUCAGCCUAACUGGACAGAGAUCGUGAACAGAAAGCUGAAGUUCCCCGCUCCGCUGCUGGGUGCCAUCCAGGAGGGACAUACAGGCCUGGUGCAGCAGCUGCUGGAGGUGGGGGUCGAGGCCCCGGGCGGCGGGCCAGGCGGGCCCCCCCGGAAUGUGGAGGAGGCCGAGGACCGCUCCUGGAGGGAGGCCCUCAAUCUGGCCAUCCACCUGGGCCACGAGGCCAUCACUGAUAUGCUGCUGGCCAAUGUCAAGUUCGACUUCCGCCAGAUCCAUGAGGCCCUGCUGGUUGCUGUGGACACAAACCAACCCGCAGUGGUGCGUCACCUGCUGGCCCGGCUGGAACGCGAGAAGGGCCGCAAGGUGGACACCAGGUCUUCCUCACUGGCUUUCUUUGACUCGUCGAUCGAUGGCUCCCGCUUCGCCCCUGGGGUCACACCCCUCACCCUGGCCUGCCAGAAGGACCUGUAUGAGAUCGCCCAGCUGCUCAUGGGCCAGGGUCACACCAUCCCACGGCCACACCCCGUCUCCUGCGCCUGCCUCGAGUGCAGCAACGCGCGCCGCUACGACCUGCUCAAGUUCUCGCUGUCUCGCAUCAACACCUACCGCGGCAUCGCCAGCCGCGCCCAUCUCUCGCUGGCCAGCGAGGACGCCAUGCUCGCGGCCUUCCAGCUCAGCCGCGAGCUCCGGCACCUAGCCCGCAAGGAGCCUGAGUUUAAGCCCGAGUACAUUGCCCUGGAGUCGCUGAGCCAGGACUAUGGCUUUGAACUGCUGGGCAUGUGCCGGAACCAGAGUGAGGUCACCGCAGUGCUCAAUGACCUGGGCGAGGACAACGAGACUGAGCCCGAGGCCGAGGGUCUGGGCCAGGCCUUUGAGGAAGGCAUCCCCAACCUGGCGAGGCUGCGACUGGCCGUCAACUACAACCAGAAGCGGUUUGUAGCACACCCCAUCUGCCAGCAAGUCCUGUCCUCCAUCUGGUGUGGGAACCUGGCUGGCUGGCGUGGGAGCACCACCAUCUGGAAGCUCUUCGUUGCCUUCCUCAUCUUCCUCACCAUGCCCUUCCUCUGCCUUGGCUACUGGCUGGCACCCAAGUCCCGGCUUGGCCGCCUGCUGAAGAUCCCGGUGCUGAAGUUCCUGCUGCACUCGGCCUCCUAUCUGUGGUUCCUCAUCUUCCUGCUGGGAGAGUCCCUGGUCAUGGAGAAACAGCUGAGUACCUUCCGAGGCCGCAGCCAGAGUGUCUGGGAGACUUCACUACACAUGGUUUGGGUUGCAGGCUUCCUGUGGUUUGAGUGUAAGGAAGUGUGGAUCGAGGGCCUGCGCAGUUACCUCCUGGACUGGUGGAACUUCCUGGAUAUGGUCAUCCUCUCCUUGUACCUGGCGGCCUUCACGCUGCGCCUCCUCCUGGCCGGGCUUGCACACAAGCACUGCCAGGAUGCCCCUGAUGGGGCUGCCUGCCACUACUUCACCUCGGCUGAACGGAGUGAGUGGCGCACGGAGGACCCCCAGUUCCUGGCUGAGGUGCUCUUCGCUGUCACCAGCAUGCUCAGCUUCACCCGCCUGGCCUCCAUCCUGCCAGCCCAUGAGUCGCUGGGCACCCUGCAGAUUUCCAUGGGCAGGAUGAUUGAUGACAUGAUCCGGUUCAUGUUCAUCCUCAUGAUCAUCCUGACCGCCUUCCUCUGCGGCCUCAACAACAUCUACGUGCCUUACCAGGAGACUGAGCGGCUGGGCAAUUUCAAUGAGACCUUCCAGUUUCUGUUUUGGACGAUGUUUGGCAUGGAGGAGCACAGUGUGGUGGACAUGCCUCAGUUUCUGGUGCCGGAAUUCGUGGGCCGGGCCCUCUAUGGCAUCUUUACCAUCGUCAUGGUGAUUGUGCUGCUCAACAUGCUCAUUGCCAUGAUCACCAACUCAUUCCAGAAGAUUGAGGACGCUGCUGACGUGGAGUGGAAGUUUGCUCGCUCAAAACUCUACCUGUCCUACUUCCGAGAGGGCCUGACAUUGCCUGUGCCAUUCAAUAUCCUGCCCUCCCCCAAGGCCAUCUUCUACCUGCUCAGGAGAGUUUUCCGCUUCAUUUGCUGUUGCCACUUCUGCUGCAAAACCAAGAAGCCAGACUAUCCCCCAGUCCCCACCUUUGCCAAUCCUGGGGCAGGGGCAGGGCCAGGGGAGGGAGAGCGUGGAUCCUACCGGCUUCGGGUCAUCAAGGCGCUGGUGCAACGCUACAUAGAGACUGCCCAGCGGGAGUUUGAGGAGACUCGUCGGAAAGACCUGGGCAACAGACUGACAGAGCUCACCAAGACGGUGUCUCGACUGCAGAGUGAGGUAGCAGGUGUGCAGCGGGCUGUGGUGGAGGCAGGGCCACGCCGGCCGCCCGGAGGAGCCAGCGUCCUCAGUCGCUACAUCACCCGAGUGCGCAACAGCUUCCAGAACCUGGGGCCCCCCAUCCCUGAGACCCCGGAGCUGACAGUGCCAGCGACAGUGGGGACCCAGGAGUCAUCAGAAACAGGGCUUCCAGAUGCUGGAGGGGCUCAGGCUCCAGCCUCUGGGGAAUCUGGCCCCUCCUCCCCAGCUCACGUGUUAGUGCACAGGGAGCAAGAAUCAGAGGGGGCUGGGGACCUGCCCCAGGAGGCAGACCUGGGAGCCAAGGAGGGGACCUGAUGCUGGGGGAGGGGGUCACUUCCC